AAUUCCACCCCAAAUCCUCCAAUUAGGGAUUUCUCGAGGAAGAACGACGGCGCCUCUUCUCUCGUUCCCACUCAAAAUUCUCAACUGAGGACAGAGGAAUCAAAUCCCUAAUCGCAAAUGAGUGAGUCGUGUCUCAUCACCCCAUUCUCCCACCUCAGUCCCACCGUUACUCACAUGCCGUCAUUGAUUGGUGUAACGGAGCUGUGCGGUGUCUGGUGGAGCAGCCGCUGCUUCCCUGCGGUUUCCGUGUGGCUGUUCUCGACACUCCGUCGCCGUUCGGCGCUCGCUCGCUGUCGGAACCCGCCGUAUCAGGAUCGCCGGAGCGCCGCCGGUUCCAGGGUCGACGCCGCUGCUGUCUCGACGCUAUCGAAGUAGAGAAGGGGCGUCGCCCCGUCGUUUAAACCCAGAGCUGUCAUCGCCGCCGCCUCCCCUUGGUAGUUCAGCGCCGUCGCAACGUCUCGCCGCUAUUCUGGCUCCCACAAGGGGUCCCGCCGCAGCCCCUGGCCGUCAGCGGCCGCCUGGUCCUUCGUCUAGAAGCUAAGUUCUCAUCCAUUCUUCCUUCGUAGUUCGAUAAUUUGCAAACUUUAAGUUCUUUGGGGCAAAAGCUUAUUUGUGAGAGCUUUGAUGUCUUAACUUGUGUACAAGGCCUACUGUGUUGAUGUCUUUGAUUACUACUUGGUCCCUACUGUUGGGUUCUAAUUGAUGGUACUGAUAUUUUCUAAAACUAAAAUCUUGAGCAUUCAUGAUUCUAUGCCUUUAUGCUAUCUAUGUUGCUUUCUAAAUGAUGCUACUAUGAUUUUGAUGAUUUACCUCUUGAUUGAUAAGUGAGGCUGCUCUUUACUCCUGGUACGAUCCCUCUCACUCCCCAACUUGUUGUCUUGCUGAAUGUAUUUGUGUGGUAUGUGGGGGUGGAACCGAUGGAGAUGGCAUAUAUACAUAUAUAUAUAUAGAGAGAGGGGUAGUGUUAAUCUCUUUUUCUUCCCUUAGAUUUAAGUUCCUUCUUAAUUGGAACCGUUAGAUUUGAGGGAUGGACGAUCCGGAUGGGGAGCUUAAUAAUGAUCUCGUGUUGCAUUAUUAGGCUCAUUCUGUGCAUUAUAUGGGUAUAAAUGUAAAACAACAAUGAAUUAAAACGGAAUGAGCGAGAUUUCAGCGGGAUUUUCAUUGACCUUCCAGCUACUUACUCCCCCUCUCACUCCAACCGUCACUCUCCUCAACCCAGAAUCAAAAUUUCAUCUCCCUCAAUUCUCCCAUUUUCCAAACCCUAGCCGCCGACGAAACACAGCCGAAACCACACUCCCUUCGCCCGCGACCAUCAAGUUCAAAUUGACAACAAGAUCUGCAAUGACGAAGAGAGGCAUGCCUAUCAAAAGUCAACCAACCCAGGCUGCAGCAUCAAAGCAGCUACGAUUGGACAUCAACGAGGCGGUCGAUGAUAUACUGCUAGUAGGAAUUGCCCAGAAAUUCCGGGAGCGAUUAUCAGAGGCCGGGACUAGUACGUCUCCGAAAGAGACGGAGGAUAGGAAACCAAGGGGUAGGAACGUCGACCAUCUGUAUUGUAGACGAACCCCUACAGAGUUUCUGAAUUGUAUAAAGAGUUUAACUCUACGGCAGAAGGAAGCCGUACGGAACUUGUACAUGAGUCUAAGAGUGAAUGCAAUGUUUGAACAUUAUUUAGCUAUUUCUAUGCAUUAUUUAUCAUGUAUUAUGCAUCAUUAGACUGCUGUUGUACAUGAGUAUAAGAAUGAAUGCAAUAUUUGUAUGUUAAUUACUUCAGUGAUUCUGUA